CCGAGCACUAAGAUUCCAACUGUUCCACCCACAGUGCUACCGGUCCCAGAAAAAACCAAGUCCAAAAAGGUUGAGCCCAAGAAACCGAGUACUGAGGCCCCAGCUGUCUUACCCAGUGUUUUACAGCCAAAGGUUGUUGAAGAGAUUGAGCUAAGACUUGAACCCAAGAAACCAGGCACUGUUUCAGCUGUUCCCUUACCUCUAAAAAUUGUAGAACCUGCUGUUCUACAAACUGCUGUGCUGGCAAGUGCAGGAGAAGAAAAAGCGAAGAAGGCCAAGCCCGCGUUUUUCAGCGCUAAAACUCGUCCAGCAACGGUUUCAACUCCAAAGCUUGUGGAGGAACAACUGAAAAAACUUGAGUCCGAGUCGCCAAGUAAGGCACCAGCUAUUGGUCUACCAACUGUUUUACCGCUUAGAAUUGAAGACAAGAUCAAGCCGGAAAAGCUUGAGCCCAAGAUACCAAGCGCUGAGGCUCCAGCUGAAGUUUCACUCACAGUCUUACAGCCAAAGGCUAUAGAAGAAAUCAAGCCAAUGAAACUAGAAUCCGAGAAGCCGAGCACUGAAACGGUUGUUCCACCCGUAAUCCAGCCAGUUGUAGGAAAGAUCAAGCCGAAAAAGCUUCAACCCAAAAAAUCGGGCACAGAAGCUCCAGUCGCUGAAUCGCCAAGGGCAGAGCCCGGUGCAAAAGAAGAAAAGCCAAAAAAGCUCAAGCCCGAGCGAUCACAUACUGAGGCCGCAACUGUCGUUUUAUCCUCUGUUUUACAGCCAAAGGUUGCAGAAGAGAUCAAGCCGAAGAAACAUGUGGCUGAAAUACCGAGAACUGUAGCUGUCAUUCCGCUUACGGCUUUUGCCCCAAAGGUUGUAGGAGAAACCAAGAUGAUAAAACCAGAGCCCAGAAAACCGAGUACCGAUACUCCAGUUGACGCUCCAGUCACAGUCUUACCGCCAACGACUGAAGAAGUAAAGAUGGGCAAACCUAGGCGCCCGAGCGCUGAAGCGGUCGCUAUUGAUUUACCAGUUGCACCAUUGCCACAAGCUGCUAUAAAAGAGAGAGAAGAGCGGAUAACCAUUGUUAUAUCGUCAAAAUUCAUAGAGCAAAAAAGGCUAAAGAAGCAUGAACCUAAACGGUUAAGAACACAACAUGCUAUUCCACCCUCUGCCAUUUCGCCUAGAGUUAUGGAAGGAGGGAUACAAGAGCACCUGAAAACGCCCAAACCGGAGCGGCGAGGCACGGAAGUGCAA